AAUAUAUAGCAAUUAAAAAUAAAUAAAAAUAUACAAAAAUAAUAAUUGUUAAUUAAUUUUUAAUUCAUCAAAUUGUAAUUUUUGAUAGUUUUGGAAAUAAUGAAUGAUUUAUUCAGAACAGCAGCUUUUCAUGUUGGAGAAAUUGAUGAUGACAUUGAUUUAACAAAUCCACCAAUGUCAAGUGAUGAUUAUAUAAAACGUGUCAUAAUUGAAGCAAGAAAUUGUGAUGAUAUUGUCGUUGCUAAAAUUGAUGAAUCAAAACUAAAACGUCCAACUUUAAAUAUAACACCAUUGGCAGGAUGUAUUGAGGCACCAGAAUCAUUGAAUCCAUCUCUAGAAUGGCAAAAUUAUCAAGUAUCAGAUUUUUCAGAUGUUAGACUUAAUUUUGCCAGAGUCAAAGCAGAGAGACAAGAACUUCGUCCAAUGCCACUGACUUCAGAGAAAAUACCUUAUACCACUGAUGCCAAUGGAUGGAUAAAUUUUUGUCUUGGAUCAAAAGACGAAUCAAAGUCAUCUAAUCCUCCGACACUUGAUAUUAUUCUUGGAAUGAAUCAGCCAAUAGUUGAAAAAGUUUUGGAGUAUCUUGUUGAUGAAAUAGAUUGUAAAAAAUAUGUUAGUACAAAUAUGGGACUUUGGAUUUAUGCUCUGUUAGCAGCCAUAGAAUUACCUCUGGAUCCAUCAGUUUGUUCCUGCCUAAGGACAUUAGCACGAGCUUGCUCAAUAGCCAGAUCAAAAUUGACCACAAAUGACAGUCAACAAGUAGCCACUUUGAAUCUUUUGAUUUGUCUUGUUGCCAGAUAUUUUCGUCAAUUGGAUUUAGCUGAUCCUUAAUUAUUAUUUAUAAAUAAAAACAAAAUAAUUAAAAUUAAUCC